CGACCCGGGCUGGCCUGCGCGGCGCCCCCCUCCCCCUCCGCGCCGGGCUCUGCGCUUUGGCCCGUGCCUCGCGCGUCCUGCCUUUUCUAGCGCUGACGCUUCCAGACCCCCGCGCAGACCCCGUCCCGGGAGCCGGAGUCCUGCCCCCGGGCCGAGACGCAGGCCGCCUCCCAGGCUCCCGGCCUGGGGCCGCGGAAGUAUGGAGCCUGGGGACGUGGUGUCCGCCAGAAGUCCCGGUGUCCACCCCGCUGGUGGGCUUCCCCCGACCCGCUGCUGCGUCGCCCUCACUGCCCCUUUCUCUAACCCCCGCGGGCUGUGAGGUCGUCUCUGACCCUGUUCUCUCUCGGCGGGUAGGGUCUCUGCUAAGCAGAGAGUUGGGGAAGGGGUUUCGGGCGGGGUGGGGGCAUGGGUAGGGUCUUACCGACCCUUGAGCGUGGUAGGCCGGAACAGGGCCCCGGGGGAGAAGGCAGACCCAGGGCAGAAGGGAGCCGUUUGUUGGGGCAAGUAUUCCGCCAUGAAGAGCAGGGGUGCAGCUCUCCACUGGGCUCCGCAGCCGGUCAGGGCGCUUUCCAAGAACUACCCGAAAUGCUCCCCCGGAGCCUCCCGGCUGUCGGCCAGCAGCUUGGCACUGACCCCGCUGGCCUGGCGCGCGGCUCUCACUCUGGGCGCGAGGCCUGGAUGGAGAACACGGAGUGCCAAGCCCCCCGGCCUGGUCUGCCUCUUCCUCUGCUCCCUCCCCGCACCAGUCCCUGUCUGCUCCGGCCCUCUCAGGCCUCCCGAACAGGCCGCCCCGUCGAGGCUUCCAGCCUCAGGACGCUGAUCCCCUGGCCCCCCAACCCAGGCCCGUUCCCGGCCUCGGCCCCAGCCCGGGCUUCCCUGCUCCCACAAAGCCCGCACCUCGUUCGCUUCCCUUUUAGCUCCAUAGGGUCUGCUGCCUUCAGCUACCGCACCUGGUUCUCUGGGGUGCUGUCCCCACGUCCCUGCCUCUUGCCCGCCCCAAGCACCCAGUGCUCACACUCCUCGUCCCCACCCCUCUCUCCAGGACCUGGGUCAGGCAGCCGCUGGGGCAGGGGACAGGUCCUGAGUUGGUGAGAACAGAGCCUGCUCUCCCAGGUCUCGCUCGCUGGUCAGGGAGCUGGAGGAGCUCCAUCCAGUGGAAGAGGACUGGGGACCCCAACUGCCUACCCUUCCCUUCGCCGGAGCCUCUGGCGUCUGUCUAUCCUUUCUCUCGCUGCCGGGCCCUCCUCGCCCCCACCCCCCACGUGACCCCGCCCAGCAGGCCCUGCCCAGGCUGCUGCCACCGACCCACAGGCCCCGGGUCCGCACCCCAGGCUGGCGGCAGGACCGUCCUGACAGUGGGGACGGCCAGCCAGCUUGUUCCCUUCAGGGGCACGCACCUCCCCCUGCACGCAUCCCUGUAACCCGAGCCGCUCGCAGCACCUCCCCGCGCAGCCCCACUGGGCCCGAGGCCCCGACAGUGAGUCCGCAGGCGCCAUGGGCCUUGGGGCCUGCAUGUCCUCAGCGGCGUCGGGGGCCCAAGCCCAGGCCCGCCGGCUGGAAGCCGUGCUGGGCGCCCUGUGCCUGCUGCCCGCACUCCUGCUGCUGGCCCGGCUCGGGGCUCCUGCCGCCCGGUUGGGGGCCAGCGGGGCACAGGGAGCCGUCGCCGCACCCUACCAGGCGGAUGUCUUCGCCACUCCAGGACCCGGUCCUCCGCCCCUCCAGGUGCCCCGCAGACGCCGAUACACGCUGACCCCAGCCAGGCUGCGCUGGGACCACUUCAACCUCACCUACAGGAUCCUCUCCUUCCCGCGGAACCUGCUGAGCCCCAGUGAGACCCGGCGGGGCCUGGCUACCGCCUUCCGCAUGUGGAGUGACGUGUCCCCCUUCAGCUUCCGAGAGGUGGCCCCUGAGCAGCCCAGCGACCUCCGCAUAGGCUUCUACCCGGUCAACCACACGGACUGCCUGGUCUCCGCGCUGCACCACUGUUUCGAUGGCCCGACAGGCGAGCUGGCGCACGCCUUCUUCCCUCCGCACGGCGGCAUCCACUUUGACGACAGCGAGUACUGGGUCCUGGGCCCCACGCGCUACAGCUGGAAGAAAGGCGUCUGGCUCACCGACCUGGUGCACGUAGCGGCCCACGAGAUCGGCCACGCGCUGGGCCUGAUGCACUCGCAGCACGGCCGGGCGCUCAUGCACCUGAAUGCCACUCUGCGCGGCUGGAAGACGCUGUCGCAGGACGAGCUGUGGGGGCUGCACCGGCUGUACGGCUGCCUGGACCGGCUCUUUGUGUGCACAUCCUGGGCCCGGAGGGGCUUCUGCGACACCCGCCGCAGGCUCAUGAAGAGGCUCUGCCCCAGCAGCUGUGACUUCUGCUACGAGUUUCCCUUCCCCACGGUGGCUGCCACCGCGCCCCCGCCCAGAACCAAGACCAGGCUGGUGCCCGAGGGCCGGAACGUGACCUUCCGCUGUGGCCAGAAGAUCCUGCACAAGAAAGGCAAAGUGUACUGGUACAAGGACCAGGAGCCCCUGGAGUUCUCCUACCCCGGCUACCUGGCGCUGGGCGAGGCGCACCUGAGCAUCAUCGCCAACGCCAUCAACGAGGGCACCUACACGUGCGUGGUGCGCCAGCGGCAGCGCGUGCUCAGCACGUACUCCUGGCGGGUCCGCGUGCGCGGCUGAGCUGCCCGCGGGGCCGAGGCCGCUCAUAAAGCACUUUCUCUCUGAAGCCUGCGCGCCUUUCUUGGGC